CAAGUCUCUAUAUAUAAUAUCAACAGGUCUUGCUAACGUUAAAACCAUGAAUAACCUAUCAUGUUCCGUUCUGUUGAUUUCCGUUAUACUGAUUCUUGUAGAUGCCGAUUGUUCGACUUAUCCUAAUGUAACAGACGCAAAUUUUGAAAAAGACUGCGAUGGAAAUGUAAUCAUAUCAUGUAAUAAAGAUUUUAAGAUGGUACAAGGGCUGGAAUGUGUUGAGGAAGAAUGGAGAUAUCAAAAUCCAAUAUGUAAACGCACAGAAAUAGUGAAUCCUUGUAAAAAUAAUGGAACAGUACUGUCUGAUGGAUCAUGUAAUUGUACAGAAUAUUUUGGUGGUACUUUUUGUGAGGAAAUGCGAUGUGAAAUGCUUGAAUACCAAGAUUGUAAAAGUGAAUGUAAGCGAGGACAAGACGAAAUGAAUGAGUAUUGUGAUGAUGGUCUAUUUUGUUGUUACUACGGUUAAGUGAAGAAGCUACAGAUGUCAGUUAGAAAAAAAAAUUAUUACAGACGUUGAUGAUCGAAAUAAAAUAGAUGAAUAAAAAUGUUGUUUACAUUAUAUUAUAUGAUAUCAUAUAUAAUGAUAAAAAUAUCACCUUC